CGUACCAGGUGCGGUUGCGGUUGGUUAAUAUGAGUACUUUGCGGUGGCGGUUAACCGCAAAUAGCGGUGCAGUUAACAGCAACCACACCGUUUCCUACCCUAAUCUAACCCAAUCCCAAAGCACGGAAAAAGCAUCUUUGAUCAUCAAACUUGCUCUAUCAAUUCAGUUUACCACUAGAUUUAUUUUUAGGUCAACUAAACCACUAAAUUUGAUGUAAAAGAUCACCAUCCAUCACUUCCGUUUCAACCUUGUGGAUUAUUUUAACGAUGCUGACAAAGCGUUAACAGUGAUGACGUGGCCAUGGGAGAUCUUGCAUAGAAAGGCUUUGGCAAACAUUCGACAAUGGAUUGACGGAAGCAUCUUUCAUCAUGUUGUAAACGAUACAAGAGAGAAUGAAUUGUGGCAGAAAUUAGAGUCUAUGUAUGAGCGCCAAUCGACUCAAAACAAAGCCUCACUCAUUCGAAGAAUUGUGAAUUUGAAGUACAAGAAUGGUCUUGCUAAACAUCAUAAAGGCGUUGGAUGAGCGAAAUGAAACUUCCUAGACAUCAAACGAGCAGCCUGAAGAUCGUAUAGACGCUGCCUUGUUUACUUGCACUGGAAUGAAACUAGGUAUUGUAUGGAUAUAUGGGUUUAGUCGGCUAAGACAAAGUGCAAUUACUAUAGUUAACUCCAACGCAGAUCUCAAAUCCUGAGGUCCACCGAACGAGGGUCCGCCAAACUGACCUCCAGUCCCCGAAUCCGAACCACAAAGUGCAAUUACUAUCGUUAACUCCAGAUAGUUCAUUCUUCGAAUCAAACUCUGAUACCAAUUGUCGAAACCGGGGUGCUCAAUUAGUACGAUAUUGUCCGCUUUGAGCCAAGCCCGCACGGUUUUACUCUUGGGUGUCCUCCCCAAAAGACCUCGUACUAAUGAGCUUGGUAGACUCUUAUUUACAAGAAUCCCUUCCCUUGCAUUACCGAUGUGGUACUUGGAUUGUCCCAUAACACCACCAAACACCGCUACUGUGAUUGUUUUUACUCUGCCCAAACAAGGAAUCUCUCGUUUGAUGCCACAUCUUGAACCCAUUCGCCAAGAAUUUGCAAAGAAAGGGAAUGUAGUAAAGCCAGUUCCCCUCUCCACCAGGAAACUACCCGGAAACAAGUAGACAACAACUGGCUUUCUUUCUCCCCCUUUUGAGUUCUUAGUUCCUCUCUCAAUCUCUGUGUCUGUUACUAAUAGUACAAUUGUUAGGUCUCCAUUUCCUCUUCCCUGACUAUACAUCCUGUUACAGGUCAACAAGAAAACCGCAAGAAUCGAAUUCAAAGUUAGAUCUUUGUUAUAUAACCUUUUUACUCUCCCUUUUUUUUUACACCAAUCUGAUCUUGAAUGGUGAAGAGAAGAUCAUCAUCAUCUCGCAAUUUGAUGCCCUUUGCUACAACAUUGAUCUCUAGCCCUUGCCCCGCGGGACGAUUCUGCUGCAAAAUCUCCUGGUACCACCAUUGCUCUGGCCUCGACCCCUGACCCAAAAUUGUAGCUGAAAGGUACAAUUUUUUUUUUCCUCGCUUUACUUUGGUUGUAUGAUGGAGGAGCUGAAGAGGAACGUGAAGGAGAGGGUGAUGGCUGGAGAAAGAAAGCAUCUGAACAGGUUGCUGGGUAAUGUUAGCGAAUGUAGUAAUAGGAGGAAGAACAACAGCAGGUUCUUGAUUAGCGUCACGGUCCCUGGUAGCUUCGGGCCGAUACGGUUUCUUGCGAACCACGACGACACCGUGCUGGCCGUAAUCCGCGGCGCCCUGAAGCGUUACGCUCGAGAAGGCCGGUUCCCUGCCAUUGGUUCCAACGCCCAUGACUUCCUUCUCUACCGCGCCUACACUGGUUUCGAUGCACUGAAUCCGGGGGAAGAUAUCGGAGAGUGUGGGGGGUGGGAUUUCUUGCUGUGCAAGAAACAGUGGCCGGAGAUGGGGAAGGUUGAAAUAGUUGGUGAAGGCAGGGGAGGAGGUAGUAAUUGUUGUAAGGAGUGGAUGUUUCAUUCGUUGAUUAGGAAGAUCUGGAAGGUUCCGACCGCGACGAGCCGCGUCGGGAUGCAGGAGGAGGAAGCUGUUGCUGCUGGUGGUGGUGGUGGUUCGACAGCUUUGCUGAUGAAGAUGGUGACUGAUCCUGCAGCCUGGAUCCAGGCUAAUGGAGUUGAUCAGAAGCACUGCAAUUCCCCUGCCCAAGUUUGGUCCUAGAUUGCUGAGGGUUGUGUCUUAGGUCACAGCUUAAACAUUAAUUGAUUCAUGUAUUAUUUUAUAUCCAUUAAGGGUUCUCGUUAUGUGACAGUAGUGUGCAUAACCUGAAUGCAUUCUUUCCUAAUGCCCACUGGGUUUAGGUUUACUGAUCUUAUUAACUUGAUCAAUCGGAGAUUACUUAUUCAUUGUAGCUAUACCAAUAAUACCAAUAAAUAAUUUGUAUUAUUAAUACUUCCCCCAACGCUGUUUAGAGAAUAGAAAGGACAGGAUUAGCUAUGAACAUGAAAACAUUACCUAGCAGGUAAAAUCAAUUUUGCAUAUUCCUUCAAUCUGUUCGUAUAUAUUGAUAGCUUUAAUAUUUGAUUAAACUAGCACAAAAGCUCACGCUGCGCGCGGAGGGAACCGAUAAGGUCAGUAACUCUAUGAUUAGUAACCAUGGGUACCCUGUCCAUAUCAGCAUGACAUUAGUAUUCUCUAUCUCCUGAAAAGUAUUUUAUCUUUUCUCAUUUAAUUUUUAACGGACGAUUUCUCUCUCGUUUUAAGUCGAAAUUUAAUUUUUUUUCACAGAUAAAUCAGAUUAAAUGUGCUCUUUAAAAUGAUAUCCACUUUGAUAUAUUUUUAGUACAAAAAAAUUGAAUAAUUUUUUACCAGUCACUACCAUAUGGUAUGCUCCUAUUUAAUACCAUAUGGUAAGAAAGCGUACCAUGAUGGUAUGAGCAUACCAAUAUGGUAAGAAGGUUGAAUACAUGAUAGUAGGAGUAUACUAACUAUCAUUUACGACUUUCAUCAUUGUUUACUACAAGUUACCACCCACACACCAUAGUGGAUAAGUAUGGUAAUUUUUUAUCCACUAUUUUUUUCACCCAGAAAUUUAUAGAUUCAAUAGAUCAUAAUGAACUCGUUCCUUUUGAGCAAACGUUUUCAAAAACGACUUAAAAACGAAGAAGUUAUUAUAUGGUAUGUAGUUGGUAAAAAGAAAGUUUCUCGAAAUAUAUUGAAAAUUGAUCUCAUUUUGUAGAGCACAACGAACUCGUUCCAUCUGUGCAAAAAAAUUUGAAAUCCGAGUUAGAACGAAGAAGAUAAGAGUCGAUUAAGAAAACUAGGGAAAAAUAAAAUAUCUUUAAUUGACAACCCUUAGAUCUGAAUUUUCUGGACCCACUAAGAUCUAAAGGUACAUAUUUAGUUACUCAUAGGUCAGUAACCACCCUAUCCUAAGCCGCGCACGGCAGGUCGUAAAUUUUAGUGAUUCGAGAUUAUAAAUAGAUAGUUAACCUUAUAAAGAGUGACAUUAUCGAUUUUUCACGUAAUAGUUUAAAACACUCUUUGUUAUGUCAUCUCACAAUAAAAAUAUGUUUUCAAA